UUUCUCCCAGGACCAAAAGGCCACGAGCUUUCUUUUCAUGCUGUCCUUUUAGCUUGUAAGAAACAAAAACAAUACCACUAUUUCUCCACAAAAUUUGCCCUAUUUAACUACUAACUCUGUCCUCUAUCGUGUCUAACUUCAAAUCUCUCUCUCAGACUUUUGCUCAAACACUUUGCAGUUUCAACGAUGUAUGUUCUUAAAGGAAGAAUCAGAAAGUUGUUCUUCCUCUUGCCCAUUUCAGCUCUUGUCUUAAUCCUGCUAAUUACAAAUACAUUACUUCUCAAAAACACCUCAAAACCACAUUUACAUGUCAAUAAACAUAUCCAAAUCGCUCAUUCAGCCUGUGAAGGCACACUAUACCCUCAACUUUGCGUUUCAACUCUCUCAACUCUUCCAGAUCUCACUUCCAAGUCUAUCCCGCAAUUCAUAUCCGCAACCAUAAACCAGACAUUGUAUGAGGUUAGUCUCUCCUCCUCCAAUUGCAGCGGGAUUAGAAAUAAGUUUCGUAAUCUAGACAAACUUGAAAGAGUAGCACUCAAUGACUGUCUAGAGCUAUUCAGCGAAACUAUGGAUGAACUUAAAGUAGCACUUAAUGAUUUAUACUCAAGGAAAUCAGCUUCCCAGCAUUACCACGAAUUGCAAACUCUGUUAAGCGCCGCCAUGACGAACCAGUACACUUGCCUUGAUGGGUUUGCUUAUAGCGAAGGAAAUGUGAGGAAAGUAAUCAAGAGUAAUCUUUAUAACAUAUCUCAUCAUGUGAGUAACUCUCUAGUUAUGCUAAAGAAAAUCCCAGGCGUUAACAUAUCAAAUAAGUCCGAGGUUUUUACCGGGCAUGGCGACAUCAAACACGGAUUCCCGUCAUGGCUGUCAUCAAAAGAUCGUAAACUGUUGCAGGCUCCUUUAAAUGCAACAACAUUUAAUCUAAUAGUUGCUAAAGAUGGUUCUGGUAACUUCACUACUGUUAGUGAGGCAGUGGCCGCAGCUCCAAACUCUAGCAAUGCAAGGUUCGUGAUAUAUAUAAAGGCCGGAGCUUAUUUUGAGAACGUGGAUGUGCAUAAGAAGAAGAACAUGCUUAUGUUCAUCGGAGAUGGGAUUGGAAAGACAGUGAUCAAAGCUAACAGGAGUGUUGUUGACGGAUGGACUACUUUCCGGUCAGCAACUGUCGCGGUAGUGGGUAACGGGUUCAUAGCAAAAGGUAUAACCUUUGAGAACUCAGCUGGCCCAAGCAUGCACCAAGCAGUAGCCCUAAGGAGCGGUUCAGAUCUCUCUGCUUUCUACCAAUGCAGCUUCGUUGGCUAUCAAGACACUCUCUAUGUCCAUUCGCUUCGUCAAUUUUAUCGCGAAUGCGACGUCUAUGGAACCAUUGAUUUCAUUUUUGGCAAUGCGGCUGUCGUUUUCCAAAACUGCAACUUAUACGCCCGUCAACCAAACGAAAAUCAGAAAAACAUUGUCACUGCCCAAGGCAGAGAAGACCCUAACCAGAAUACAGGAAUUUCUAUCCUGAACUGUAAGGUCGCUGCUGCAGCUGAUUUAAUCCCUGUAAAAUCGUCGUUCAAGACGUACCUGGGCCGUCCAUGGAAGGAAUAUUCUAGGACGGUUUAUAUUACAUCAUAUAUUGAUGAUUUGAUUGAUCCUGCUGGUUGGUUGGAAUGGAAUGGGGAUUUUGCUUUGAAAACACUUUACUAUGGAGAGUAUAUGAACAGAGGUCCUGGAUCGAAUACCAGUGGCAGAGUGACGUGGCCUGGUUAUAGAGUCAUCAACAACUCAGCUGAAGCUAGUCAGUUUGCAGUGGAGCCAUUUAUACAAGGAAGUGAAUGGUUGAAUGCUACUGGCGUUCCUUUCUCUCUUGGUUUGAAUUGAUCAAUUAAUUAAUUACCAUUGUUAAUGGAUUGAUUAUUGCUUAUUAGAAAUGUUUUGAUUCCCUUUUGAACUUAAAUUGUUGGCGAUAAAAAUUCUAAUGAUGAGGGAGCAUUUAUCUUUUCUUUUAA